AUGUCGACUAUCCUUUACUCUAUUGCCCUCAUAUUAGCUUUACUGGGGCCUACUUCGAUUUCUGCGCAAGUUUCAACUGAAAAGGUUUGGGCAGUUUUCGCAUACACUGCCUAUGGAGACAGCACUCCGGCUCUUCCACAUCAUUCGAAGACGCUCACUCAAUAUGGAGCCGAGCAGCUGUACGCAGCUGGAUCCGCCUUUCGGAAUCGAUACGUUGAGACGCGGCUAAACGAGAACACGAGAGUUCAGAACCUCUCAUCUUAUACUCUGGACUCCGACGAAGUCGAUGUCCUCUCAACUACUGAUCAGUUUACCGUUGCGUCAGCACAGGCUUUUAUGCAAGGACUCUAUCCUCCAGUCGAGACAUAUACUGACGGUUACUCUCAAUUGGCCAAUGGAUCAUGGGCAACAUAUGCUCUCAGUGGAUAUCAAUUCCCUCGCCUCAUUACUUUGGGCAUGACCGAUCUUGGCUUUGAGAAACUAGCCGGCCACGCCGCUUGUCCUUUACAUGAGUUGUCCAAGCGGGAAUACGAAGGGAGCAUCGAGUUCCAACAGAUUGAGGAACAGUCGGCUAGCUUUUAUGCUCGCCUCUAUGAUAAUGCUCUAUCCCACGUAUUCGACCGGUCCCAGGUCCAUUACAGCAACGCCCGUUAUAUUUCGGACUACUUGGAUUACGAGUCCCUGCAUAAUAUAACAUUUUUCGAUAACCUGGACCAAGAGGACAUAGACCGUGCACGAUGGCUAGCCGACCAAUAUGUUUAUGCGACAAAUAGCGAUGUUUCUUCCUCAAGUAACACACCAAGCAAGAACAUCCGUUCAGUCGCAGGCCAGACUUUGGCAUCACUUGUUCUUCAGCUUUUUGAGCAAAACAUAGCAGAUCUUGGUUCCAAGGUUAAAAUGAUGCUUGCGUUUGGCAGCUACGAACCUCCCGUUGCUCUCGCUUCUCUGAUGCGACUAGCAUCUCCGAGAGAGGCCAAUUUCUAUUCCCGCCCGACACAAGGUGCCUCCGUGGUUUUUGAGCUGUUUAGUUUUGAUGAUCAAAUAUCCCCCAUCUAUCCGGCGAUAUCAAAUCUUUAUGUGCGAUUUCUACUUCAUAAUGGAACCAAAUCUUCCACUGUCUUUUCACCACACCCUCUCUUUGGUCGUGGCCCUAGCAAUAUCGCGAUCAGUUAUACCGAGUUUCGGGAGGAAAUGAGCCGAAUCUCUUUAGGUCCUACUCGUGACUGGUGUCUGAGAUGCAAUUCAUCGGCUGUGUUUUGUUCUGGACUAGCGCCUGAAUCCUUUUUCAAGGAUCAGUCGUGCGCCUAUUUUAAUCCUGCAAUUGCUGCUCUCAUUGGAGCUGUCAUCACUGUCAUCAUUAUUCUUCUUAUUGCCAUACCAGCGUUCCUCCUGAGUGGUAUCCGCCUACAAAGAAGGCGUAAGGCCGGACUCGGGAGCUUCAAAAGCAGCGGUAGAGUGGCGAGCGAUCAAGGCGUAGCCUCUCAGAAUUCAACGCAUGAAACUUUUAGGAUGACAGAAAUCACGAAAGUUAGUCAUGACCAGGUCAGUAGUGCAAGCGAGUGUUCAAGCAGCUGGGAGAGGGACCAGCGAAGGGAGGACAUCAUCGCCGUUCCUGGAAGGGUUCAGAAGACACACACGACAUUUGAGGACGAGGCUGAGGAGGAAUGGCGAUUAAACAGUAGAUUGAAGCCGGUUGGGGUCCAGGAGAAUCUUUGAGAUUGGGAAGUUCCUCUAUGGGUGGCUCCAUACUUGUUCUGUCUUCUUAUCUGCCUUUAUGGUCAUAUGAACGAUCAUUCACUGGACUUUUCUUUCCUUCUCUCUCGUGUAGUAAGUGUUCAGGAACUUGCCACCUAGUGGUAGCUGGAUGCCCAGUGAAUUCCCAUGCCUUUAUCUCUACCUGGAAGCUG